CAAAUGUCCUUCAUCACCUGUGCAAGCAAAGUGCAUAUCUAUCUAUCUAUCUAUCUAUCUAUCUGUCUGUCUAUCUAUCUUUCUAUCUAUCUAUCUAUCUAUCUAUCUGUCUGUCUGUCUAUCUAUCUAUCUAUCUAUCUAUCUGUCUGUCUGUCUGUCUAUCUGUCUGUCUGUCUAUCUAUCUGUCUGUCUAUCUAUCUUUCUAUCUAUCUAUCUGUCUGUCUGUAUAUCUAUCUAGCUGUCUGUCUAUCUAUCUAUCUGUCUGUCUGUCUGUCUAUCUAUCUAUCUGUCUGUCUGUCUGUCUAUUUUUCUAUCUAUCUAUGCGUCUGUUUGUCUAUCUAUCUAUCUGUCUGUCUGUCUAUCUGUCUGUCUAUCUAUCUUUCUAUCUAUCUGUCUGUCUGUGUCUGUCUAUCUAUCUUUCUAUCUAUCUGUCUGUCUAUCUAUCUGUCUGUCUGUCUGUCUAUCUAUCUAUCUAUAUGUCUGUCUGUCUAUCUAUCUAUCUAUCUAUCUAUCUGUCUAUCUAUCUGUCUGUCUGUCUAUCUAUCUAUCUUUCUGUCUGUCUGUCUGUCUGUCUAUCUAUCCAUCUGUCUGUCUAUCUAUCUAUCUUUCUGUCUGUCUGUCUAUCUAUCUAUCUGUGUCUGUCUGUCUGUCUGUCUAUCUAUCUAUCUAUCUAUCUAUCUGUCUGUCUGUCUGUCUAUCUAUUUUUCUAUCUAUCUAUCUAUCUAUCUAUCUAUCUAUCCACCCACAUAGCAUAUCACAUCAUCCACCACCAAACCACUCUGAGAUGACUUUUACAGUGUUCAUGUUAGACACUCUUGGCGUUCACUCAUUUGCUUUUUGUUUGUUUAGCCCUGGAUGCCUGAGCCGUGUGGAUGAGACUGUAGUUAGCGUUUCUCUUCAGGAGCUCUCUAUGCAAACCUACCGUGAAUGGAACUGAGAUGCUGAGGGCGCCACCUGUGAGGCGCGUGCACGACUUUCCCCGCUGCGCGUGCAUGCAGUGAGGGCGCGCGCUUCACAAUGACGCGUGUAGUAAAACGGACUCGUUUAUCUAAAGCUAUCUGUCUUUCAGCACAUACGUGUGAGUAAACACACCUGAAGGCUACCACAAGCACUCCGGACAGAUGUUUCGGCUCGUGGUCAGGUAAAGAUUGAUGGAUGCAGAUCUAAAUAGCUGUUGGAGGAAGUGGAUGCGAUGUUUCCUGAAGGCAACGUCUGGUCCACCUUCAUGUUCCUUCUGCUCCUGGCCACCGGAGCGCCAGCAGAGAAAAUAUGCUCCGUGCUCUCGAACCACGAAGUCCACAUGGGCUCGAGCUUCCAUAUCUACUGCAUCUUCAAGAAGGAAUGCAACAGACUGAUAUACCAAGAUGAAGUGUCUUUAAAUUACAGCAGCCUGAACUCAACUGUGGUGAUUAUGCGCAUCGUGAAUCUAACUCGGACCACCACCUUCACGUGCAAAUGUCGAAACGAGCCAGAACCCUGUGGCACCGACAUCGUUCCGGGGUAUCCACCUGCCGUUCCACAGAACCUCACAUGCAUUCAGGAAGGAGAAUUUGGCAAAGUAAACUGCACAUGGAAAACAGGAUGGGAAACGCACGUCAAGACCACAUCACAUCUGUGGGUACAAGGAGCCUCUCCUGUACGUUAUGGAAGUGUUGCAGUCCAUGACGGGGCCCGUUCGGCCUUAUUUCCUGUCUCAGGCACACAAAGCGACUUCUCGGUGUGGGUCCAUGCAAAUAACAGCCUUGGUUCUGCGAACUCCACUCUCCUCAUCUUUUCGCUUCAUGAGAUAGUGAAACCGCUGAGCCCCAAGAUCACGAAGGUGGAAUGCUUUUCAAGACAAUGCCAGCUCUAUCCGGACAACACCCAAAACAUUCAGCUGGUAGAGAUCCGAUAUGAAGAACAACAGGAUAGCUGGAACACCGUCUCAUUCAACAACACCCCAUCGACAAGGAACUGGACUAUAACAUCACUGAAUCCGUAUCACACGUACACAUUUGAGGUCAGAUGGAAACUGGGCCCAACAAGAGGUCUGUGGAGUGAGUGGACCCGGAUCAAGAACAAGACCGAUGAAGAAGCUCCUGUAACGAUGCUUGAUGCGUGGUAUAUUGAAGAACCCUCACAAACAGGCAGCAAAUCGUUCCAGUUAUUUUGGAGGGAUCUGGACAAAUCAGAAGCCAGAGGAAAGAUUCAGCAGUAUAUUGUGACAGUGAUUGGAAAGGGAACCAGAAACACAACUGCUCUUCUUGGAAACAAAAUCAACGUGUCCUGUUUUCCCUGCAAUGUGUCCAUUUCCGCUAUGAACUCAAAAGGCCAGUCUCCUUCCCGACUCAUUCAGCUGAAGCCUAUAGCUCUUCUUCCCUACAAGGUGUCACACACUCGUGUGAAUAAUCACACUGUCGCCCUCACCUGGCCGACGCCUGGAAGUGCAGAUGCGGUCACAGAGUUCUUGAUAGAGUGGUUUCCUGUGGGACGGAAACAUUCACUUCAGUGGACCAGAGUGGAGCGGCACCUGAACACAGCAUAUAUUACUGGUUUGCAGCCUGCAGAGUGCUAUGAAGGUGCAGUGGUCUAUCUACACUCAUCUGGGACAAAAAAAGCCAUCUUCAACAGGAUCUCUACCUGGCAGACAGCUCCACAACAGAGUCCUGUGCCUAGCGUCGUGGUGAAGAGUGAAAGCGUGGAGGUCAAAUGGAGUGAGAUCCCACCAAAUAAGAGAGGAGGCUGUCUGGACCACUACACCAUCUACCUGAAGGAUUCGGCGAACAAAAUUCAGAAUUACAGUGUCCCAUACAAUCACAGAGAGUUUACCAUCAGUGGCUUGAUGCUGGGACAUAAAUACACACUGUGGGUCUCAGCCUGGACUACAGCAGGAGAAAGUCCUGUAGAACACGAGCACCUGUUCAAACACACCAGAGAAACAUUAGAUGCGAAACCCCUGGCUCAGCUCAUCCCAGUGGGAAGUGCUGUUUUCCUCACCUGUCUGUGUCUCCUGUGCUUAUGUCAGUUCUCUUCAGUACACAGAAGAAUUUCAAGAUGUUGUCACUGCCUAAUGCCGAGCAUCGUCCCAGAUCCUGCAAACAGCAAAUGGGCAAAAGAGUGCACAAGAGAGAAGGGUGAGAUGAAACUGCAGCUGCACCUCAGCGACUCCAGCAUGAGUGAAGAGGAGCCGAAUACAGUGGAGGUGGAGGAAUUUCCCCAGGAGAAAUUACCUGAAGACGAGCCAGUCUCCACCGAGGAAACACUACACCCAGUCAACCCGCAGGACGAAUCGACACCGUAUCAACAUAACAUCACCAGCUCUUACCUCAAAAGUUUCUCCAACGAGUCAAGCAGCUCGGACGCCACCCAGGCCUCCAGGAGCACAGACAUUACCGUGGAUUACAUUUCUACUCACGGAGUGAUGAGUGGAGGAGAGGAUGAUGAUGAUGAUGGUGACGAAGAGCACGAGGCGUUUGACUUCUUCCCCUGCCCCAAGAGCCCCUUCCUGGAGCCGCUCAUAUCCUUCGGAGGAAAAUUGACUCUGGACUCAGUGAAAAUAGACUGCAGUGAUUUCUUAGAUUGUGCAUGAACCUCUGUGUUAAUGACUGUUAAGAAAAUCGUUACGAUGCAUAAAUUUGUCAUCCUCAUGAUGUUUUUUAAGCAAACUGUCCUUUUUUAACCAGUUAACACUAACACCUGAUCAGUAUGUUCAUGUUAAUUAUAAAACAUCACUCAAUUAUACAAUUAUGUGUUUAUAAUGAUAUUUUAGGUCAUGUCAUUCCUUACGUCAUGUUUUCAGAGCUUUAAUACGAGGUUGUUUUUUUUAAGCCUUCACAACUUACCUCAGUUUUUGCUAUUAUGCAGGUGUAAAUACUUUUGUACAUAAUAAUUUGUGAAUUUCUGACUAAAAGCCUCAAUGAUUUUUGAACUCAGCAGUCAUGCCCGUUUUUUGUUGUCGUUGUUGUUGUUUUGUGUAAUUAUUAAAUGAUGGACUUUCCAAAUAAUUUUAUACCUCGUCAUAUAGUUUGUGCAGAACUUUUAGUCAGGAAACAGAAAAUGUUUGAAAGACUGACAAGCAAUGAUCUAUUGUUACGAGUCCUGCUCAGUUAAGAUUAACACUGC